AUGGUAAAGGAAGGCUCUCCGCUGCUUUCGGCAUCGGAUACUGCUACAAGAUCGUCGAGGAUGGACGAUCAGAAUGGGUCCAGAGAGAUCGUCGAUGAAGGGUUCGAAUACGUAGCUGAGCAAACUGGUUUAGCCUUCUUUGAGAGCUUGAUGACCGAUGAACCUCAAGCUGGCGAAACUGAAGAAAUGCGGUGGCUCAGAGAGGUUCGACUAAGGCACAAACACAUGAAUUGGUUUCAAAGACCCAGUUUGGCUAUACUGUGCUCUCUCGUAAUGUUGGUUUGUCUCGGGGAAACGCUAUGUAUCACUCCUAUGAUUGGGUUGACUAUGAAAAAAGUGUGUGAGGGCAUUGCGAUGCAUCAUGGCGAGUCCGGCAAGUCUGCGGAUGAUGUGCAGUGCGAUCCCCAGGAAGUUCAGAGCGUCAUGUCCGUAAUUUCAUCAUUCACCAUGAUUCUGACGGGACUGGCAUGCACCUUCACAUCAGGUACGUGGGGGGAGUUCUCAGAUCGAGCCGGGAGGGUUCGUAUUUUUGGGUAUAUGGCGCUAGUUAGGGUGAUCGGCAAUUCUCUACAUUUCUGGGCGCUACUGCCGUCAACUCCCUACCACAAGUGGCUGAUAAUACUGGCUGGAUCAGUAUCAUCUCUAAGCGGCGGCAUGCUUGCGUUGCUCGCCAACGCCAACAGCUACAUUUCAGACAUUGUUGAAGCUGAUCACCGUGCUCUGUCGAUGAGCAUCAUGAUGAGCGCUGUUUACGCCACCAUGGGACUGGGGCCCAUGUUGGGAUCAGUGCUGGUGAAGAAUUUUGGUGGGGGAGACCGCUUGCCAAUCUACCUGUCGAUAGCAAUCGGUUUGUUGGCAGCCAUUCUAUGCUUCACCUCCGUGAGGGAGCCGCGCCAUGAGGAAGCCCUGAAGCUUUCGCAGGCGACUUUCGUCGAAAGAAGAGACAGUAUAUCUAGCAUUCGAUCGGACACCACUCGCAUAUCCGCAAGGCUGGCAACCUACGGUAGAUACCACUUGCUGCGACUGCUCGAUGUGUUCUCCUCCGUCAAGACACUGUGGUUAAACCCAACGGCCGAUGGCUCAGUUGUGCCGAGAUACACCGUCCUAAUGCUGGUUGCCCUGGACAUCUUCUUUCUGAGUAUGACCGCGGCCGCGAUGCCAGCUCUAGUACUAUUUGCCACAUACCAAUACGGCUGGCGAUCAGUGGAGCUCGGCUACUUCAUCUCGAUCUCCGGUCUCGGGAGAGCAGCUGUGCUGCUCGUGAUAUCGCCGUGUCUGCUACAUGUGCUGAGAAGGUUUUACAAGCCUUUGAAUCACUCAAUCGACCGCAUAGACGUGACCUGCAUCAAGAUAUCGUUGGUUUUGCUCACCUGUAGCGUCGCGGCCGUGCUGGUUGGCAAAGAACAUGAAGCCGCACUCUUCACAUGUGCCGUCCUGCAAGCCCUCAGCGCCUUCUGUUCGCCAACCAUACAGUCCGCAAUCAUCAAGUACUGUUCCAAGAAAUUCACUGGCCGAUGCUUUGGUGCUAUGGCACUAAUCAGAUCAAGCGUGAUGCUCAUAGUCCCGCCAAUCCUGUUACGAAUUUAUGGCACCACAGUUUCAUUCAAACCAGAACUUUUCCUCUACAUUCCACUGACAUGUGGGAUCUGCGCCAUAAUACUGUCAAACUUCCUGCAUAUAAUUGAUGAUGCAACUGCGGUGCCUAAAUAA